AUGCCAGGGGUGUCAUUCAUAAAAAUUCUGUUUUUCUACCCAAUCCUAUUUUAUUAAAACUGUAUGGAUACUCGAAGCGGUGAUUGCUAUAAUAAUGAUUGGUCAAGCAACGUAGUAGAUUGCGCAGGUAAUAUAGUCAUAGGACGAUUUACUGCUAAUGAAAAAAUAUCUAAAUAAUUCAGUAAUAUAAUAGGAGGCAAGUUUGGUUUUAACUUCACAAUUGUAAAAUUCGAUAGUUGGGACUUUGUUGAUACUGUAACAGUCUUUGCAGAUGAGAUAGAACUAGGUAAAUUUUAUUACAACGCUGGUGAUGGAGUAGAUAUGUGUUUCGCGUUUUAUCAAGAACUUUUUGAUUCGAAAGCAUAUUAGUUUAGAUUACCAGAAGGAAGAAACUCAUUGAAAUUAACUUUGUAGGGCCACUUUGAUGAGCCACUUACUAAUGGUAUUAUAAUUUUUUAUGUUAGAGGGUUGGGGUGCUAAGAGAUUCACUUUAGAAAUAUUAUAGCCUUGUGUAGAAUUUUAUAGUGAUUGUAAUUUUUAAGGAGAAGCAUGGAGAAUUUGUAGUGGAAAUCAAACAAGUUAGGCAAGAAAAAUUCCAUUUGAAAUAAAAUCAAUACUAAUUGCAAAUGGGAUAUAAGUCAAAAUGAGAGAUCCAAAGUACCAUGGUGGUCAAACUUAAACAUAUACUUCAAGUUAAUAUUGUUUAUCAAGUUAUUAAGUAAAUCAUUAAGUUAACACUAGUUCCCCAAAUACAAUUUAAACGCUUGA